GUUGCUAUAAGACCGUGGCCGGAGAGCGCGUGCGCCUCUUUUUCCGUCCGGGAGUCUGUCUGUGGGUGAGGUGUGCUGCGGUGCUCUUUACUCCAGGCGCAGACGGGCGAGCAGCGCCAGCAUGCCGGUUGCUCGGAGUUGGGUUUGUCGCAAGACUUAUGUGACCCCGCGGAGACCCUUCGAGAAGUCUCGCCUCGACCAAGAGCUGAAGCUGAUCGGCGAGUAUGGGCUCCGGAACAAACGUGAGGUCUGGAGGGUCAAAUUUACUCUGGCCAAGAUCCGCAAGGCUGCCCGGGAACUCCUGACGCUGGAUGAGAAAGACCCGCGGCGUCUUUUUGAAGGGAAUGCUCUGCUGCGGCGACUCGUCCGCAUUGGGGUGUUAGACGAGGGCAAAAUGAAGCUGGAUUAUAUCCUGGGCCUGAAGAUCGAGGAUUUCUUGGAGAGACGCCUGCAGACCCAGGUCUUCAAGCUGGGCUUGGCCAAGUCCAUCCACCACGCCCGAGUGCUGAUCCGCCAGCGCCAUAUCAGCCCUUGGAGGUGAUGAAGCUGUGAGCUCACCUUGAGGGUGCAGAUUGACCCCUACACACUGCUCAUGGGGGAGCUGGGGGGUAGCCUCACCCCCAUGGCCCAGCGCAAGGGUCACUGCGGCGGGAGCCGUACACCUUGCGAAAGCUUAUACCAGGCCUACAGGUAGCUGGACAGGUAACAGCUCUUGGUGUCACUGGUUGAGAGAAGUCAUUAGGCCUCGCCUGGCCUGGGUGGGUUCUGCUGUCUGGUGGGCCCUUGUGAAGCCAUUCCGGGCCCUGCUCACCACAGCUAAUUGUGAGUUCACCCAAUUCAAGGUCUGUGCCCAUGGUGGUUCUGGUGUGAUGAAAAGGGCAUUUCAGAGGGCAGGUGUCAUCGGGGUAGGCAAAUCUACCAUUUUUCUGUGAAAUGGGCACCUUUCACCAGGAGCUGUGUGGUAUGUGGGCAGGAUACACACAUAGUGAUUUCUGUCUCAGCCUUUGAUCAGUCCUGAGACCCAGGGCCUAGAGCCUCAUUUUGUUGUUCUUUUUUUCCCCCUUAUUAGAGCCACAUUCAGGGCAUGUGGAAGUUCCUGGGCUAGGGGUUGAAUCAGCUGGGGGUCCGUCUGCACCCUCAUGGUGAGCUCACAGCCACAGCAAUGCUGGAUCCUUAACCCCCUGCGCAA